GCAUGCUCUUCAGUUUCUCACGGGGGCCAUUUGUGUGUUGCCAGGUUUUUCGAUAUCUGCAAUAGGACAAAAUAAUUUACAUUUUGCUGCCGUAUAUAUAUAUCGACUGAAUUAUGUCAAUCAUGGCUGACGACGCAUCUGACGCUGGUAGCAUCCCUGGCCAGUCCAGACUGGAAAGUUAUCUCUUCAGUUGUGAAUUGUCAUCGGAAGUUCCGUUCUACACGUUUCAAGCAGACGAAGAUGAGGAUCUAGAACACUUUCUUGAGCUGCGAACGGUUUGUGUCGGAGAGGGUGCCAAAGAAGAGUAUAACGUAGUUGAGGUGACCGCGAUGAAUUAUCAAGGAAAGAAAACCUCCGUACCUGUUGCAUCUCUGCACAUCUCCCGCCUACCUAUGGUGAGCCUAGGUGGAUUUGAACUCAUGGCGCCGGUCACUCUUCGGUUGAAGUCUGGCACUGGUCCUGUGACUGUUAGUGGCAUGCAUCUUGUUGCCUCUGAGAAUGACGAAGAGUCAGACAUGUCUGAUGAAGAAGAGCUUGCGGAACUGGAACCCAUCAAACCUGCGAAGAAGAAGCAGAAGCCAUGCUGCUAAGCAGAUAUUCUCCAUGUUAAAUUAAUCUUAGACUGGGUUUUUUUCCUAUUGAGUAUGUUUUAUAUUACACUCACUGUACACCACCAGCAGCAUUUGAAAAGGGAGAUGCAUCAAUGAUAAAUAGUGGAUAGUUGUUAACAGUGAAGCCCCUUGUGACCCAUCAUUUUUAUACAACUAGGUCCACAUAGAAGAGGUCCUUCAUAAAGUGUUUAUGGUGUGUCUUCUGAAUGAGGGAAACAACAUAUUGAAGAGGACUGUCUUAUUUUAGUAGUUUAGUUACUUGCAUGCAGUGUCAAAUGAAAGUUGUAUAAUGGUUUUACAAGCAGCAGUGCUUUUACUUUUUUAUUUUUACUUUACAUGUACCCUUGAUCUAAUGCAGACCUCCUGUAUAAGAUACCUGAAAUAUCUCAAUCAGACUCUCCUGUGAGCUCCAGCAGAGUUUCAGUUCUGAAUUGAUGUGUUGCCCAAGCAGUAACAUCUUCAUCCUGGCAGCUAGUUUCAAAGCUGGUGUCCGGUGCAUGUUAAAUAUGUAUUCCUGAGUAAGCUUUGGAACUCCAAUACAUGGGUUAGGUUUGCUACAGUUGACAUUUUGUACAUUUUGAAAAUGUAAAUAAAGUACCCUUUUUAUUUACUAUAUGUAAAAAAAAAAACACA